GGUGGAUCACGCUCUCUCGAAUAUGUUGGCUCAAGCUCGGCUCUGGACGAGCCAGAAGCGCACGGUUAUCCAUCCGCCUUGCACAAGUUGUCUGCCUUAAUACAUCGUCCCAUCAUCUCCGCCCUCUUGUGCGUGGAGGCUGAACGAUGUUUCUGUUCUACGCCGCGCUCUUCGUCUUCGGGGCGACGUCUUGCCACGCCGCGCGCAUCGGAGGCGAGGAGGCCUCCAGCCUGGACGGCACAGACACGCUCGUGGAUGCGUCCGCGUCAGCUGGAGAUGAAGACUUCCCCGACUGGGCGUCGAAGGGCAGCCAGGUCUCUUACAAGGGCGAGCCAGCAACUGUCCUUGCCGUCGAGAUGGUGCCCGUGGUAAAGUUGGACAUUGGCGGGCAGACGAAGUCGGUGGCUCUGAAGUACGUGACGCCGCCCGAGGAGGACGACGACGAGGGGGGACAGCAGGAGGAGGACGAGGAGGCAGGGGCUGAGAUGAACGUGCGGCAGAAGAUUUUCUGCGAGGUCUGCCUGGAAGGCGUCCGGUCGUCUUCGAACUACGUCCCUGCGAAGGCUAUGCUGAACGGCACCAUCGAUCCUCAGACGAACCUGGGAAGGCUCAAGGAAUGCAGCCCCAGCGAGCGAGACCUCUGGACCCGCGACGACAAGUUCACCAUCUACAUGCUCGGGAAGCCCGUGCCGGACGGCUGCCCCAGCCAGCGGCGGGCGCCGUACAUCGUGGGCAAGUUGUCCCUCGCCAGGCGGAUCUGCAAGCAGGCCAUCUCCAAGGGGCCGCGGAGCUACCCGAGCUGCACCGACUUCGUGAACAAGCAGGCGGCCACCGGGUCGAAGCGCCAGGUGGAGUGCACGAAGGGCAGCCUGUACACGUUCCGGUGAGCCUCUUAGCCCGCACCGAGGCUUUCGCGGGGCAGGUGCGGGUCGCAGAACAAGAUCGCUGUCCACUCGCCGUGCGCACACGACCUCGUUCCCAGCUCCAGCACGCGGCCACGCGUCAGCGCCACGUGCCCCUGGAAGAUUCGACGAAGUGCGAGGUGAGAGUCCGAUCUUGAUGGCGCGACUUGCUCUCGGAAGCUGCCCUCACCUGGAAAUGGUAGGUGUGCCGUGCCCAGCGUGAUGUUCGUGCGAUCGGUUACACGAGUGCCCACUCGCCUUGCGCGCUCUCCCUCGCCUCCAGCACUGGUCUUCGCCAGGUGCUGAGAAAAAACGCGUUCACGUCGUGCCCGCUGCAUUUUGCUCCGAAGUGCCAAGUGAGCGACAGAAC